AUGCGGCAGUGGGUGCCCGAGGAUGAGUCGGUGGCCACAGUGAAGCAACUGGUCUCCGAGAAGCUGAAUGUCCCUGUGCGCCAGCAGCGGCUGCUGUUCAAGGGCAAGGCCCUAGCAGAUGGGAAACGACUGUCAGAUUACAGCAUCGGGCCCAAUUCUAAGCUCAACCUGGUGGUGAAACCUCUGGAGAAGGUGCUACUGGAAGAAGGGGGUGCCCGGAUUGGGGCCGAGCCCCCGCCUACGCCUGUCUGGCAGCUGGUCUCUAAAGUCCUGGCCCACCACUUCAGUGCCGCAGAUGCCAGCAGGGUCCUGGAACAACUCCAGAGGGAUUAUGACAGGUCCUUGAGCCGCCUGACGCUGGAUGACAUUGAACGCUUGGCCAGCCGCUUCCUGCACCCCGAAGGGACUGAGGCUCUAGAGAAGGGGUUCUCCAAAUAGCAUUCCCAGAUGUCGGGGAGGAGCCCGAGGCCAGACCACAGCUGCAUGUUGCAUUAAAUGUGUUCUCAUGUUGCAGUUUGGCUCCUGAUAAUAACAGCUGGUGUGUGCCCAGCUCUCGCUAGGUGUCUGGCGCCUCUCACGGCCCUUCGACCUGGUUCUCUCCCACCCCGCAGCAGAGGUGAGAUGGCACAGCGGAGGGGCCCAGCAGCGACCUGAAGUGCCUGGCAUGAGGAAGAGCGGUGCGCUGUGGGCAGGGAGGGUGGGCUUCAGCACGCCGUGUCUACACUGUGUGACCCUCCCAGGCCUACAGGGAAAUGGGUGGCCGCUGCUGCCCAGUGCAGUCUCCUGACCUCUGCUGCGUCUGGCAGAGCCCUUGGCAAACCUCCUCGAAGGCUAGGUGCCAGCCACCCUGUGUCCCCUUGGCCACUGCAGUCCGUGUAGCACGUCUUGAUGAAGGAGCAAUGAUCCAGGGGCCGGGGAGUUGAAAGUCACACAGCCUUGUGGCAUGACUUGGAGCAAGUUACUGUACCAUUUGGGUUGCCAACCAUCGAAUCUGUGCAGUGAGAGCCACUCCUUCAGCCUGAGUCUCUUUCUGUCCUCCCUCCCCGCCCAGGGUGGGAAGUCUGCGGAGACCUUCGACCUUGUGUUCAGUGACAAAGCAAAGCCAAAUGUGAAGCCAUAGCCAAGCAUGGGCUGGACAGGGGGUGUCCCGGCUCUUCUCUGGACCCCUUGCUCGGCUUCUCCUCCUAGAAGUGGGUGCUUCUCACCUCUUUGGCAGGCAGAUGACUCAGCAAGACAGCAUGGCGCCUGGCACUUCCCCCACCUUGUGCAUCCACUUAGCAGGGACUCUCACUGUCUUCAAGGGACACUGGGCGCUAGGAGGGGGCACCGAUGCCAGUGCUCUCAUCACGCCAGUCCCUUGGAGGAGGCUGGGAAGGUGACAGACCUGCUGGGGAUAUGCGGCAGGGACCCACUGAGGUUGUGUAGCACGUGAUGCUGUUUCUUUGCAGUCAGGGAAUGUGUUCUGAGAAGAACACUAAAGGUGUGCAUGUGUGGGAAACUGAGCCACAAAGAACUCUGUUGUUGAGACAGCUUUUGGUUGCUAGUAAUCGGCUUAACAAACUUCUGGCGACCCACAGCAGAUGAACAAUUUGACAAGAUUCCCAGUUUCUUCCACCUCCCUCUACUUUCUCCAGUUCCUACUUUGUCCCAGGCACCGCCUCCAAGGAGCACUUGUUUCUGUAGUGUAGCUUCUGUCUCACACACCCCAGCAAAUAAAUGCUAUCGUUUCACUGGUCA